AUGGCCGAGUACUGGAAGUCAACACCAAAAUACUGGUGCAAGUUUUGCUCCACGUAUGUGAAGGACACCAAAUUCGAGCGCGCGCAACAUGAAGCGACCGGCCGCCACCAAGGCAACAUCCAGCGUAGUCUGAAGGGACUGCAUCGCGAACAGGAGAACGAGAAGCGCAACCAGGCGCGCGCACAAGCAGAGGUUGCACGUCUGAAUGGCAUCGUACCCUCCUCAUCCACUCCCUCCGUCACGACCGGCGUAGGCGGCAAACCCACAUACAAGAAGGAACCCGAGAAGAAAGCCACAGUAGACGACAGGAAACGGCAAUGGGAACAGCUGGCGGCUAUGGGCGUGGCGCUUCCUGCGGCUGCAAGAGGCGAUCUGGCGAUAGCAGGGGAAUGGAAGACUGUCAAAGAAGAAGUAGUGGGAGAAGUAACCGAGGAUGGAGAGUUCAAGGCGACAUCUUUGAACAAGGGUAUACGAAAGAGGCAACUUGACGAGGAUGAAGAAGAGCAGAAGGCCGCUGGAGAGCUUAUUACGAAAAGGAAGGGCUGGGGUCAUACCUACAAGAGUUUCCCAGGCGGUAAGGGUGGUGAUGAUGAUGAUAUUGAGAGCUUGCUUGGGAAGAAGAAACCGCAACCCGAGGUCAAGAAGGAAGAACAAGAGGAUGGGGUGAAGGCUGAAGUUGACGAAGACAACGACGAGAAGAAGUUGCAAGAUAUACCUACGGCUGAAGAAGCAGAAGCUAAAGCCGCCGAGCCUGUUGUCAAGAAGGAAGAGGACGCACCAGCUGCACCGGCUGUGGUGUUCAAGAAGAGGAAGAAGGCGAAAUGA